CUCUUUUCAGAGUCCUCUCUGAAUGAUCACACGGGGUCAUACAUCACUGUGUUGAUUGGAGGGAGGGGCGGCGUCACAACAGCAGUGAGAGGGGCAGGAAAAGGACUGAACAUGGACAAACUGACCGGCAGAAGGGAUGAUACCUCACUGCAAGGCAUGGCAACUGCCGCCACGGCCGCAAGAGAAGCAGGAGAAGAAGGAGAAGAAGAUGUGACAAUGAAAGCAGUGCUCCUGCAGUUCAUUGAUGCUGCUGUCUCCAUCUUCAAUCAGGCUUUCUUAACAGUCAUGAAGACCACUGCUGUAUCAUGA